ACCAUAAACCCUAAUUCUCCAUCCACUGAAUUCCUCUCCCCCACUCUAAAACCCUACAUCCCAAUCCUCCGAAAUCCCCUCGCCUCAAAUCUUCCCCAACUCACAAUUUUCGGAUUAUCGGAGCCAUGGAUGUAGGAAACAACGCUGAUUCCAAUGCCAGCGGGAGCUUGGCCGCCGCAGCCAACCAGCCGACGAAGAUUAAGUUCCAAUACGACGAGGACGAAGAAGCCGAAACAAUCGAAGAAGUAGCCGCCGAGAGCUCGAAUCUCGAUGAGGAUUCCACCAUGUGCGAUCGGGAGGAAUCCUUGGCUACCGGGGAUGAUAAGACCAGCGCUGAUUACUACUUCGAUUCCUACUCGCAUUUUGGCAUCCAUGAAGAAAUGUUGAAGGACGUGAUUAGAACGAAAACAUACCAAAAUGUUAUUUAUAAGAAUUCCUUCCUUUUCAAAGACAAAGUAGUUCUUGAUGUAGGUGCUGGUACUGGAAUAUUAUCACUAUUUUGUGCCAAAGCUGGUGCUAAACACGUUUAUGCGGUUGAAUGCUCCAGCAUGGCGAGUACAGCUGAGGAGAUUGUAAAGCUAAAUGGAUAUUCAAAUGUUGUAACUGUUCUUAAGGGGAAAAUUGAGGAGAUUGAGCUUCCUGUUGCUCAAGUGGAUGUUAUCAUUUCUGAGUGGAUGGGAUAUUUUCUAGUAUAUGAGAACAUGUUGGACUCGGUGCUUUAUGCUCGUGACAAGUGGCUGGCCAAAGAUGGAAUUGUAUUGCCUGACAAAGCCUCCCUUCAUCUGACUGCAAUUGAAGAUGCCGACUACAAGGAAGACAAGAUUGAAUUUUGGAAUAAUGUAUACGGGUUUAACAUGAGCUGCAUCAGAAAGCAAGCCAUAGCAGAGCCCCUUGUAGACACUGUAGAACAGAAUCAGAUUGUUACCAACUGCCAAAUGCUCAAGACCAUGGACAUUUCAAAGAUGGAUUCAGUAGAUGCUUCUUUCACAGCUCCCUUUAAGCUUGUGGCUGAACGGGAUGACUACAUCCAUGCUCUGGUUGCUUACUUUGAUGUUUCUUUUACCAAAUGCCAUAAAUUGAUGGGCUUCUCUACAGGACCAAAGUCCCGCGCCACUCACUGGAAACAGACGGUGUUAUACCUAGAAGAUGUGCUUAGCAUUUGUGAAGGGGAGACAUUGACGGGGACCAUGACUGUGGCGCCUAACAAGAAGAAUCCUCGUGACGUGGAUAUAACUGUUAAGUAUUCACUAAAUGGGAAGCACUGCCAGGUCUCAAGAACUCAACAUUAUAGAAUGCGCUGAUUUACGCGUUCCUUAUGCCGGUGGAGGGGAUUCAAAUAGACUUCUGCUUGGUGUUCUACCGUAUCUACUGUCAUAGACAGAGCUUUCCAUUUCUGAUCACUAUGUUAUUUGUGUCACCAGCAUGUAACAUUAUAGCAGUCUCUAUUGUUUUCUUGAA